UCCCUGGUAGCAAAGUCGGAUGAUUCCAGAGAGGGCACAAAGGCAACAGCCCUCGCUCGUUACCAGUGGAGACAGAUAUUCAGAGAUACACUGCCUCGGAAUACAAAGAUUCCAUCUAGUCCCAAUCAUGCUACAUGGAUCGCCCAGAACAAGAAAUAGGUAAGCCAGCUCCACGUGGCUCCGUUGGAAAGCACAGAACUCGCCGAGAUUUGACUCCGGCUGUUUUUAAUCACGUCUGGCGCAUCAGUGCGAGAUUUUCCCCGAAGAGGAGGCGACCAUCUUCAGCACAACCGACCAUGAAAUGGAAACGGACUGCCUUCAAGUCGACCCUGACUUAUGGCGACCCUUUGAAUAGGGUUUUCAUGGUAAGCGGCCUUCAGAGGGGGUUUACCAUUACCUUCCUCUGAGGCUGAGAGGCAGUGACUAGCCCAAGGUCACCCAGUGAGCUUCAGGGCUGUGUAGGGAUUCGAACCCUUGUCUCCGAGGGAGUAGUUCAACACCAGCCUUUCCCAACCAGUGUGCCUCCAGAUGUUAUUGGACCACAACUCCCAUCAGCCUCAGCCAGCAUUGCCAAGUGAUUAAAUGCUCAAGCUGUAUGUUUUUUAGUGAUUUUAUCUGAUUUUUAUUUUACUGAAUUGUAUUGUAUUGUAUUCCUUGCUGUGAACCGCCCAGAGAGCCAUAGUCUAAGGGCGGUAUAGAAAUGGAAUGAAAUAAAUAAAUAAAAUAAAGAACGGCUGCUCUAACCACUACACCACACUGGCUCUCUUAGAACCGACCACACUCGAGGAGAAAGGAAGAGACCGGGCUGAGCACCUCCAAUCGGCGCCACCUUUCUGGCUUCUUUCCUCCACGCCCACUCGAUGACGCCAGCGGCCACGCCAGGAGGGAAGCGGCGGCAGAAGCAGCGACGCCGUCCCGCGAUUGGCGGCUCCGCGCUUGGACGGGGGAGCCGGAAAUAGGGGGAUCUGCCGCGCAUGCGUGCAAGCGAGCGCAGGGUGCUCCGGCUUCUUUUCCUGUUGGCUCCUCCCCCACUUCCCCAGACUGAGCAUCAAUCACAAGCUCCCCUCCCCCCUCUCCCUGCAAAGCCAAUCCUCGCAGAGGGAGGGGGCCGCAGCUGGCAGCUCGAGCACCCUCCGCGGGCCAGGCGAUCCUUCGGAGGGAGCCAAGCGCCCGCUGCCCCACCAGCCGGCCCUGGCAGGCAGAAGCGAAGGAAGCGCAGCUGCUCCCGCGGCGGCGAAGGGGCGGCUCGUGGCGCCUGCGGCGGCGCAUCCCCGAGAAUUUUUACAAGUACGCCACUUCAGGGCUCCAGAUGUCCAUUAGUCAAAGGCUGUUCCAGAGAUGGUGUGGAGACAUUGCAGAGGUGAUGUGACAACACUCCUUCACCUGGGGAGACAAGGACAGAGCACAGGAAUGACUCUAGCUGUUGGGAAAAAGAGGAUGCAUGUUUUCAGCCUGCUAUGUUUAAACCACUUCAUUUAAGGCAAGGUUGCAAGACCUGUGUGGGCUUUUAGACUGAGAGAAGAAGGAAAUUGUCUACGUCAGUCUAGAAGCUGAAGAACAAUUUCACAAUGGACAUAGAUGAUGAAGAGAAUAUGAGUUCAGGCAGCACUGAUGUUAAAGAGAAUCGCAACCAGGACAACAUUUCACCUAAAGAUGGGAGUGUGCAAGGUACCAGGGAGGGGAAUCAGCUGUCCAAUGGUGGUGGCACUAGUAGCAGGAAACGACCGUUGGAAGAGGGAAACAAUGGCCACUCCAAGUUCCGCCCAAAGAAGAGGAAGAAAACACCAGGGCCAGUGUUGCCCAAGAAUGCCCUCAUGCAGCUGAAUGAAAUCAAGCCUGGUUUACAAUACAAACUUCUCUCCCAAACAGGACCAGUUCAUGCCCCUAUUUUUGUGAUGGCAGUAGAGGUUAAUGGGCAGGUAUUUGAAGGCUCUGGCCCUACAAAAAAGAAAGCAAAACUCCAUGCAGCUGAAAAGGCUCUGAGGUCCUUUGUUCAGUUUCCAAAUGCUUCUGAAGCACAUCUAGCAAUGGGAAGGACUCUUUCAGUAAAUACAGACUUUACCUCUGAUCAGGCAGAUUUUCCAGAUGCACUCUUCAAUGGGUUUGAAAAUCCAGCCCAGUCUGAUCUUUCCUUUUAUUUGGAUUCCAAUGGAGAUGGUUCCUUUAGCUCCAGUGCAGACUAUAGUCUCUCAUCCGCUGUGGCCAGUAGCCUUAUCCAGUCAUCUCUCCCUGCUCCAUCACCAUAUCCAUCAACAAGUGGGAAGAAUCCAGUCAUGAUACUAAAUGAACUUCGACCAGGUUUAAAGUAUGAGUUUCUCUCAGAAAGUGGAGAAAGUCAUGCUAAGAAUUUUGUGAUGGCAGUGUCAGUAGAUGGCCAAACAUUUGAAGGAUCUGGAAGAAACAAAAAACUUGCCAAAGCACGGGCAGCACAAUCAGCUCUUGCAUCCUUGUUUAACAUGCAGUUGGAUCAGACACCAUCUCACCAACCUAUUCCUAGUGAGGGACUUCAGUUACACCUGCCGCAGGUUUUAGCUGAUGCGGUUGCACGCUUGGUGGUAGAUAAAUUCAGCGAUUUGACAGAUAAUUUUACAUCGCCCCAUGCACGCAGAAAAGUGCUAGCUGGAGUUGUCAUGACAACAGGUACUGACGUGAAAGAUGCUCAGGUUAUAAGUGUUUCAACAGGAACAAAAUGUAUUAAUGGAGAAUAUAUGAGUGAUCGUGGACUUGCACUGAAUGAUUGUCAUGCAGAAAUUAUAGCUCGCAGAUGCUUGCUUAAAUUUCUCUAUACGCAACUUGAACUGCUCUUAAGUAAUAAGGAAGAUCAGCAAAAAUCUAUUUUUAUCAAGUCUGAACGAAGUGGGUUUAAAUUGAAAGAAAACGUGCAGUUUCAUCUCUAUAUCAGCACCUCUCCUUGUGGUGAUGCUAGGAUUUUCUCACCGCACGAGGCAGCACAAGAGGAUCAGGGAGACAGACAUCCAAAUCGGAAAGCAAGAGGACAGCUACGGACGAAAAUUGAAUCUGGGGAAGGAACAAUCCCUGUCAGAUCUACGACUACAAUCCAGACAUGGGAUGGAGUACUGCAGGGAGAAAGAUUACUUACUAUGUCAUGCAGUGAUAAGAUAGCAAGAUGGAACGUGCUUGGUAUUCAAGGAGCAUUACUUACCCUCUUUGCUGAGCCAAUUUACUUCUCUAGCAUUAUCCUGGGGAGCUUAUACCAUGGAGAUCAUCUAUCCAGAGCAGUAUACCAGCGGAUAGCAGAAAUAGAAGACUUACCACCUCUCUACAUGCUCAAUAGACCUUUACUCAGUGGUAUCAGUAACGCUGAAGCCCGCCAGCCAGGAAAAGCACCUAAUUUCAGUGUAAACUGGACAGUCGGAGAUGCUGGUCUUGAAGUUAUUAAUGCUACAACAGGCAAGGAUGAAAUGGGCCGUGCAUCCCGGCUUUGUAAGCAUGCUCUGUAUAGUCGCUGGAUGCGCAUUUAUGCAAAGCUUUCUUCCAAUCUUCGUUCAAAAGUCAGUAAACCAAACAUGUACCAUGACACUAAGCAAGUAGCUGAAGAAUAUCAAACUGCCAAAGAGUGUUUGUUUAAAGCAUUUUCAAAGGCAGGGCUUGGAGCCUGGGUGGAGAAGCCCAUUGAACAGGAUCAGUUUUCUCUCAUCGUCUGAUUCAUGGAUACACUUCGCUUGGAAAAGGGGAUACAAUGGAAAUUCUGGGGUCCAACAUCAACAGUUCAUCUACACAGCUGAAACAGCAGCUUUAACCCUUUUUUCACUUUGGGGGGGCUAAAGUGACCAUUUUGGUGUUGCUUUGCUGAAGUACUAAAACUAAUGGAAGACUGAUAAUACAAUAACUAGCUUAGAAUCAAAACAAAGUUACUGCAUUACCAAUUGAAGAACUAUUGUCGGGAGGGGGAGGCCUCACAAUGCAACUCAAAGUGGCUCAUCUGGAGAAUUUAGAAAUUAUUUUAAUGCAUUGCUUUCAGGUGCACGAUUAAUGUAAAUCAGAUAGGAUUUUACAGAACACUUUGACUAUGUGGUUUGAUUUUGUGUUCUUUUUAGAGAGCUUAAGAGACAGAUUAUUUAUAUGCUUCUUUUAGAUUAUUUUUUAAAGAAUUAAGAUCAUAGCAAGGCUACAGAUCACAAAACCAGACUGGAGUUUGGCUAGCUAAUUUCCUCUGCUUCCUUGCUCUUUAAAAAUCAACUGCUGGAAAGUUUGUUUCUUUGAUUUAUGUAUUUAUUAAUGUAUGAUCUGUUUUUUAUCAUGCCAGUUUUUAUUCCAUUUUUAAAGUAUUUGUCUUCACUUCUCACACACAUUGUGAAAUUGUUUUUUUAACCAUUAUAAACUGGAAACAAAAUAUUUGUAAGCUAACACCUUUUUAUCUUUUCAUGUAUGAAAACCAACUAGAAGCAGAUAGUUUGUGUUUCACAGGAACUCAAUGAAGUACAACAGUAAUAUUACCAGUAAUGUGGCAAUUUCAAAACAAUAAUUUCUGAGCAAAUAUGCCGACUUGCCAAAAACCAAUCCACACAUAAACAUUUCAGCUAUUAAAGAAAUUUUGUCCGAGGACAAAAGAAUUUUCAAAUUGUGUGCUCUUCAGAGUCCUAACUUAUUUUCAGCCACCUGUUGAGUCCCUUUGAGGUUACAUUCCCUGUUAUUUUACAAAUUCAAAUAUAAAACCUACCAAAAUUAUUCUGAAAUGUUAUUUUGUUUGAUCUAGUAGUAUAAUAGAAAUAAAUAUUGAAAACAUAUUUAUUUAUAAAAUCUCUAAUGCAUAAGCAUGUUUGUGUGGGUCUGAUCUCAAGGAUGGCAGUACUGGCUGAGGGAGUUUUGUAACUUUGCUGAAAAGGACUUGAUCUCUGCAGAGGUCUGCUAACAUUCAUGGCAGUUGCUUGCCCUGCCUGUGCUGCACAGCCAGUUGGCUACAGAAGGGUUCAUUCCAACAUGCAGUGUGCAUAUGUCAUAGUGCUGUAGCUAGCUAACCUACUCAGCCAGUAGUUACACGUGACUCUUAUGCCCACUGCCAGUAUAUCAGAAAGUAUUAUCUUUCUGGUAAGAUUGUUACAGGGUACAGCAAGCAAAGUUGUGCAGAAUUAAAUAGGUAGUGGGAUUAAAACGCAGCAUUUAGAUGUGGCCCUACUAGAGAAGGUUGACUAUAAACAUGCAAUUUUGCUAGGAUAUUUUUAAUAAAUAAAUGUAAAAUAAGGAAGAAUUCAUAAUAAUCAUAGUAGAAAUUUGAGUCUUAUCUUGUUACUUCCAUUCCAGCAAAGCACAUCUUGUAGGUUUACCAAAUUCAGUCAUUCUUCCCAUAUGCUUAAAUAAUGCUUACAUGUUUUGCUAAACCAGUGCCAGAAAUUAAAGUUGUAAUAAUAAAUGUAUAUCCCAUAUAUCUUGGCCUCUGCAUGAUGUGAUGUUCAUAUUGAAGGUAUCACAUCAGCUAGAAGUAUUUUGUGUGACUAUAUGUAGUCGAUAGAAAUGGUAGCUAGCGCCUCACCUCUCGAUAUUGUCUGGGUACUACUCCCUAAAUAGUAUUGUGGUGAUAGAUAACAAAAACUUUAAAAAGUUAAUUUGCAUGUCCAGAAAGCCCUAGGCUGUAAUUGGUAUACAUCUUUGUUAAAAAGGAAAUAUAUAUAUAUAUAUAUAUAUAUAUGUAUAUGUAUAUGUAUAUGUUCACUUAAAAAUGUUAUGACUUAAAGGCAUGAUAGCAAUAUGUUAAUAGACUUUAAUAGAUUAAAUCAGAAUUUUAUUGUGUGAAGGCAAACAAUGUAUAUGGCAUUUUAAAUUGUUAAUGGGCAAUUUCUUACAGUACUGUGGCUUGAAUUAUAUAGGAGAUAAUAAACACAUUUACAUUCCUAAAAAUGGUCACAUAGUCCCAGUGAAACAUAUUCCAUUUCAGAGGCUCAAGGCCAAAUAAUAGACAACUGUAAAGAAAAAUAGGUUAUAAAUAGGAAUGCCAACUCUUGAAAUAAAAAAAAAUGUGCCGUGGUCAGGCCUUGGGGCCAUAGCCCCCUGGUACAUGGGGUGGAAUCCAGAUUGGAUCUGGGGACAGAGAGUGAGGCAGAAUGGGUUUUUUGGGUAGACCUGUGCAGAGUCCAGAAGUCUGGGAGCAGAGCCCAGUAUAAAAUGUGUUGGUUUACCUAAGGUAUACAGCUUAAAUAAUAAAAGGAAGGAGGAAAAUAACAGCCUUGUCCUCUGCUUUUCUGGCAACUGGCUCAAAAGCAAAAAAAGGGGGGGAAAGUGCCAGACUUGCUUUCCCCCCCGGCUGACUGGCAAGCCUCAUUGUGAGCUUUCCAAGGCGUUUCAACUGUAGCAGGUUUAAUAGACAAAAAUCAUUAAAGCAUGUAGACCACACUAUUUUAAAUUUGGUGCAUUUUAUAGCUUGAAACAGAACUUUUAAGUAACAGAGUGGCAUGUUUUGGACAUAAUGCUACACCAUUGUGUAUCUGUGUGUGAGCAUAAGCGAGCCUCAGGCUCAUGCAUUCCCCCCCCCCCCAGCAUGGCUGCAAGGGGACUGGAAGCAUUCACAUCCUGUUCUAAACUAACCAAAGUUUGUUAUAUUUAUACUGGGGAAAUGGUAGUUGGUUUAUUGAAACAAGCCAGGAUCAGACUGUGGUUUUUUUAUCCUGGCUUGUUAAACCAGAGUUUAACAAGAAUUUCCCCAGUAUAGAUAUAACAAUAAAUGUUGGUUAGUUUAAAAUAAGAUACAAAUGUUUCUGAAAUUCUCCUUGCAGCCAUGUUGGGUGGUAGGAGAAAGUAGCAUGUGCGCCCAUGGGUUGCUUCUGCUCGUUCAUGUAGCACUAAACCGUUAUGUGUAGAUCCACACCAGGCAUUUAAAGCAUAUGACUCCCCCAAAGAGUCCUAGGAACAGUGGUUUGCCCCUCACAGAGCUACAAAUUCCCAGUACCCUUAACAAAGUACAUGAUACUUGGGGAAGUCAUGUGCUUUAAAUGUAUGGUGUAGAUCAGUCCGAGGUCUGAAAUAUGCCAUUGUCUUUUUUUUUGAAAGUGUGCAAUAUUUAUUCCUGUUCCUUUUUCUCUUUCUCACCUCAUCUCUGUGGCUCAGAGUUUCAGCUGUCAUUAGUAAUAAGAUGUGACAUGGCUGGUUGAAGUGUACAGUUGUGUAAUGAUUUAUUUCAUGACCAUGUAAUCGCAACCUUCCGAGGUAGAUCAAAACAUGACAGUGUGGGACAGAAAAAUACCCUAAAUAGCAUAACAUAUUUAAUAUUACUAUUCCCGUGUUACACAACAAAUAUUAAAUGUGUUGAUUUUUGUUGUUCUGUGGCUCUCAUUUUAUUUUGAGACAACUCUUCCUUGCCAGGGCAUCUGGUAUAUCUAGCCAGGGUAACUUGUACAUGACUAAAUUACACAAUAAUCCAGUUUCUAUAACUACACAGUAGAGCGUAAACAGAAAUGUUAUUUGCAAUAUGAUUACUUGACUACUACAGUGUUUGAAGAUUCAGCUUCCAUACCUGUAAAGCAGGAGAAAGGAACCUGUGACCCUCCAGAUAUUGUUAAACUCCAAUUGGCAUCAGCCCAAGCCAGCAUGGCCUACAGUUAGGGGAGGUGGGAGUUGUAGUCCAGCUAAUACUAUGAAUGCCACAGGUUCUUCACCCCUACUGUAAAGAAAGAAUUAAGUAAAUAACGUGUACUGUAAAGUUCCUUUUACUUAAAUCUUACAUAAGCUGAACAGCAAGGUGAGUUGGUCAAAUACUUACAAUUUCUAUUUCCAUUUCUCUGUGAUCAGCAGAGAAAUGUACCAACUAUAAUGAAAGGGUACUUUUGCAUGAUAGACAGCAGAUAUUAAUUUAUUUUCCUUCUCUCCCCAAACAGCUGUUUCCUUAUAGAACGAAGACUGGAUUAUUGCAAUACCUAGUUAAUGAUAUUACCACUUAACUGCCAGUUUUUGUUUUCUGUUAAAAUACGAGACGGGUUCUCCAGAUUUUGAGGGGGGAAAGUCAAAGGAAGCUCUUCACUUUUUUAAAGCCGCCUUUCAUGUCUUUGUAGUUUAAGCACAAUUGGUUGUGAAAAAUCUCCCAAUACCGUUUUAGAGAUGGAUGUGCGAUAGUUAUCCAAAUGUUUAAGUGAGUCUACAAAUAAAAUGGACACAGCUAUA